AUGAACCAAGAAAAGAACCCUGAUCAGUCCCAUCCAGAAUCAAAAGCACAGAUGAUCAAAUUUAUGGCAUCACCCGUCCAUUGUAAAUUAUAUGUAGAAAAGAUGUCUGUCAAGGGAGACUCUGAAUACAGAAAAGCAGAGAUCAUCUUGGCAAGAGAAUCCACCAAACAAACAGGCGCAUUGGAAUAUUAUGUGCAUUAUGUUGAAUUCAAUAAGCGUCUUGAUGAGUGGGUUACAUUCAAUCGAUUGGAUUUUUCUCGGGGUGUUGAAUUUCCUAAACCAGUGCCCAAAAAGACAAAAAAACAGAGUGCGACAAACAGCCGUGCAUCGACACCGGUAAAACGAAAAUUAGAUGAUGAUGAUCUACCUGAGGAAAUUGUGUUGGCAGAAGAUGGCGAAGAUGAAGACGAAGUAGGGACAGUAAAGACAAAAAAAGAACAAGAACCCCAACACUUUUCAAAAGAACAAGAGAUUGAAAAACUGAGGACAUCAGGAUCUAUGACACAAAAUAUCAGUGAAAUUGCCCGUGUAAAGAACAUGAACAAGAUUCAGAUGGGUGCCCAUCAAGUAGAAACAUGGUAUUUCUCACCGUAUCCUAAAGAAUAUGCUUAUUGUGAUACACUCUAUCUGUGUGAAUUUUGUCUGUUGUUUUAUGAUUCGCAUAAACGCCUUGAACGCCAUCGUUCUCGGUGUGAACUCCAACAUCCACCAGGCAAUGAAAUCUAUCGAAAAGACGAUAUCUCGUUUUUUGAAAUUGAUGGAAGGAAGCAAAAGACAUGGUGCCGCAAUCUCUGUUUGUUAUCUAAGCUGUUUCUUGACCAUAAAAUGCUUUAUUAUGAUGUGGAUCCAUUCUUGUUUUAUUGUAUGACCAAGCGAGAUGCUUUAGGCUGCCAUUUAAUAGGUUAUUUCUCAAAAGAGAAAGAAUCAGCCGAGAACUACAAUGUGGCCUGUAUUCUGACACUGCCACAAUAUCAACGCCAUGGAUACGGUAAAUUAUUGAUUGCAUUUUCGUAUGAACUAUCGAAAGUAGAAGGUCGCACAGGGUCACCUGAAAAACCAUUAUCUGAUCUGGGUCUCAUGUCUUAUCGUGCCUAUUGGACAGACACCAUUGUAGGCUUCUUGUUGUCUACGAAUGAAGAAGUAACAAUUGAAGAAAUCUCGCAAAAGACCUCAAUUACGACACAAGACAUUCUACAUACACUCCAGAGUAUUGGUGCACUACGUUAUUACCGUGGACAGCAUAUCAUUUGUUUGGGGGACAAAGUGGUGGAACAAUGGGAAAAGGUACAACAGAAAAAGAAGAGGUUUAUUUCUCCCGAGAAACUGGAUUGGAGACCCAUUCAUUUCACUUCAUCUCAACUAAGAUUUCUUUAA